AUGCCCCGAGCUUUCCUGGUGAAGAAACCUUGCAUCUCCACCUGCAAGAGGAACUGGAGCGAGCUCCCGGACGAGGAGAGGGGAGAGAUCUACGUGCCAGUCAGCCUGGGCUUCUGUCCGCCGCCACCCUGCAAUGACUUGGAGCCGUCUGUGGCGGAACCCCCUCCGUGCCCUCUGGCCCUGGACAUGAGCAUGAGGGACACCGGCUACGGAGCCGCCCCGGGGCCCUGCGUGGCCCGACUUCCCGCCGACGACCAGGGCCGCCUGCCGGACUCCCAGGCCAGAGAGCAUAACUUCCUGCGCCCCAAGAUGAAGGUGACAUUGGGUGACAGUCCCAGCGGGGACCUCUUCACUUGCCACAUCUGCCAGAAGGGCUUCACCUACCAACGCAUGCUAAACCGCCACAUGAAGUGUCACAACGACGUCAAGAGGCACCUGUGCACGUAUUGCGGCAAGGGUUUCAACGACACCUUUGACCUCAAGAGACACGUCCGCACGCACACCGGCGUGCGUCCCUACAAGUGCAGCCUUUGCGACAAAGCCUUCACGCAGCGCUGCUCGCUGGAGUCCCACCUGAAGAAGAUCCACGGGGUCCAGCAGCAGUACGCCUACAAGGAGCGGCGGGCCAAGCUUUACGUCUGCGAGGAGUGCGGCUGCACCUCCGACAGCCAGGAGGGCCACGUCCUGCACCUCAAGGAGCGUCACCCCGACAGCCCGCUGCUGCGCAAGACGUCCAAGAAGGUGGCCGUGGCCCUGCAGAACACCGUUACCACCCUGCUCCAGAGCAACCACCACCUCUGA